CAGUAAGUAAUUCGUGUCAGCACAGUGCGCAUACAACCAACACUGACUGCAAAAAGUUUGAACUAAAAAAUUAGGAAAUGGACUGUACUUACCGUAAGGGUAAUACUGUAUACUGUAAUGAUGUAUAAUCAACCGUUGAUGGGUAGCGCGGCGCGCGCUGGGGUCGUUGCUAGUCCAUUACUGCGCCCUUAUAACUAAUUAGCUCAUCUGGAUCCUGUCGUCUACCAAUGUUUCAUUUGUUUUUCCUGUUUGCUCUUGUAUCCCUGGACAAGCGGGCAUAAUGGACCGCUUUCUCGGCGCUGGUGCCGCGGUUGUGCUGUUGUUGGUCGCGCUACCUGCAAGCCGCGGAUGUCCAAGCCAAAAGGGACGUAGCGUGGAGUCGGUGGACAGAUUGAACCAGAUCCUGAACGAAGCCAAAAAAUCCAACGGAAACGGCAGCAUGUUUUUGCGCGGGUAUGGGCGGCCGCCCUCGACCCCGAGGUUCCCGACGGCGGAAUGGCCGCCCAACACGGAGAUCAUUCGAGCGCCCGAAAGGGGAGAACUGGUCAUUCCCUGCAACAACACGAACAAUUUACAGCAGGUGUCCCACGUGUCGAUUCCGCCAGCAUACACGUACAACGGGAAGCUGUAUCCCGUCAACGAGAACGAUACCGUCGGAGACGGGUAUGCCGCGGGGAAGCAUUCCUGCUGCAACUGCACACCGGAAGCCAGCAGCCGGGGCUUCGUGCGGCGCUCCUGGUCCGUCUCCGAGUACGAUCCGGCCACUGGUGCGUUCGCCAUCACGCUGCACAACUUCACGGCCUUCGCCAGCGGUCUGUACGAGUGCCUGCACUCCAACGGCCGCCAGCUGGUGGUGACGCAGCGCUACGGGGUCAUCGCCACGCUCCUCCGCCACGAGGUCUUCGACCCGCCCAUGCAGAACGUCACCGUCCGCCUCGGCGACCCCGCGGAGAUGGUCUGUCCCGUCCGCUUCAACUUCAACCGGAAGCGCUGAUCCGCCGCUUCCUGUGGCGCAAGGGACACUUCCUGCUGAUGCCCGCAUCCAUUCCGGAGGUAGCCGACGAGGCCGAAGCAUGGCGGGGCUUCAACGGGCACUUUGAGGUGGGCGUGCGGCCGCCCUGUGUGUGCAGCGCCACCAUGAAGAUCAACAGCGUCACCUGGGAGCACGCCGGUGUGUACGAGUGCUGGUUCCGCAUCGACGACCGCCUGGAUGAAUGGAUCAUGCAGGAGGCCCAUCUGCACGUCGUUUAAGCGGGUCAGCGGUGCGCCAACGGUUUUCAAAAUGCAGGCUGCUCAGCAUCGCCUCUGCGGCUCUGCCUGUACAUAUCGUUGACCAGUCAGCUCAUGGCUUAUGGGAUUGGUCAAUAUUCUUUGGAUGAUUUGGCUUUACUCUCUUUAUUCUUUAUUUAUUUAUUAAUUUUAGCGCGGUAAUGCGGCUUCUGUUUCCAAAACUGUUGGUUGUUCGAAAUAGCUAAGAAGAGUUCUUUUCAUUUCUUCUACAUACAGUAGCUUAAGUGGCUUCCCAGUGUUUCGUUGUUUUCUUGUUAGGUAUUGAGAAAUACUUAUGUAUAUUUAUUUACUGAGCGCGCUUCCAGAGAACUUACUGAUCUGU